AUGGAUCCACCACCAAAACGAAGAGGUCGUCCGAGAAAAACAAAUAUUAUUCUUAAUAAUGAAGUUCAGACAAAUAAUACGAAUGAUGAAUCAAUUGUACCAAAAAUUGAAAAUUUAUUAACAAUGAAUACAAUGGUUGUUGAACAAAGAAAAGCAGCUAAAGCUAGAAAAAAGUACAAAGAAGCUAGUAGUGAAGAAGAAUAUGUAAAUGAAAAUAUUGAAGAUGAAUCUGAUGAAGAUACUGAAAUUUCAAAUCGUCGAUCAUCAGCUGCUAAACGUAAAUCAAUAGCUAUUCUAUCAAAAGAUCAAACAGAAAAAUGGGGAAAUUAUCGAAAUACAAUUGAUAAUGGACCUGUACCACAACAUCCAUUGACUUUAAAUGAAAUAGCAUUUGAUGUAGCACUUAAAUUACAACAGGGUAAUCAAAGUCAACAUUUAUUAAUUGAUUAUCUUGAUAAUGAAAAUAAAAUUGAAUUUAUUAAAAAUAUAAAAAUGACAGAACAAGUUUUACUUGAUACAUAUCGUAUUCAACUUUCUCAAAAUACGGAUGAUGAUCCUUUAUUUCUUCAACCAUUUGAAUCUAUUGUACAUAAAAAUAAUGUAUUCACAUUAAAUAUUGGUAUUGGUCCAAUUCAAUCUCUUGAUUGGCUUUCAAUGCCAACAUCACAAUGUCCAAUAACACAUCAAUAUUUGGCUGUAAGUUGUUCACGUUCGUCAUUAAUAUCAAAACAUUUUUAUGAUGAAAUAUAUUCAUAUAAAAAUUAUAUUCAAAUAUGGAUGUUUGAUUUAUCAACUAUGAAAACAAGUUUAAUACCAAAAAAUCAUCAACUUAUUUGUUUAAUAACAAUUAAUGAUAGUGGUUCUAUAUGGACAUUGAAAUGGUCACCAUCAUGUUCAUCACCAUCAGCUUAUUUAGCUGCUGGUACAAGUUCAGGUUCAAUUUAUUUAUAUAAAAUAUUUUCUCAACCAUUGACAUCAUCAUAUGAAUCAUCAAAUAAUAUAUUACCAUUCUAUAAAUCAACAAAAUCAAUUCGAUUGUCACUUAAUGAACCAAAUAAUCAUACACAAUGUUUAUCAAUUGAUUGGUCGAAACAUGAUCCAAAUCGUCUUGCUGCUUGUUAUAGUAAUGGUUUUAUUGCUCUUUUUCAUGUUAAUACACAAGCAAAAUAUUUAAUUGAAAUGAAAUCAAAUCAAGAGAAAAUUAUUUUUCCUAUUCGAUUUUUUCGAAUUUCCUAUACACCAAUUCGUGAUAUUAAAUUUUUAAAUGAUUCAUCAAAUCUUGUUUUAACUAUUGCAAAUAUUGCAAAACGAUUUUCUGUAUGGGAUUUCGAUGAUCAUCAUCAACAUUUAAUCGAUAUUGAAAAUAGUGGUACAGAAUCGGUUAUAAGGUCAUUAACUGGUGAUCUUUUAUGUGUAAAAGAGUUUACACCAUCAUAUGCUCGAACAAGUGCUUAUCUUACAUAUGAACCUGAAACAAAUAAUCUUCCAAAACAUAUUUAUUUUCAAUCAACGCCUGAUCAUGUUUUAAGUGUCGAUUACUCUCCAUGGCUUGAUUCAAUUUUACUUUGUGAUUCAAAUGGUCAAGUUUAUUUCUUUCGAUUAACAAAUUUUGUACGAUGGACAAGAAAAAAUGAAUGUUCACUAAAAUAUCGAUUAAAAUUAUUUAAUUUAAAUGCAAUAAUCAAACCAGAUAAACAGGAAGAGAUAUCAAAUUUUAAUCAAGAAGUUGGUGAACCAAUUCUUGAGCAAUCAUCAUAUACAGAUUUACUUGAUAAAUAUUAUCUUGAUACAAAUUUAUGUUGUGAUCAAAAAUUUGUUAGUAAACAAGAUGAUUUUAGUAAAGCUGGAAGUUAUACUUUGAAUGCUUUACAUAAAAUUCGUUUUAAUCCAAAUCUUGGUUCAUAUUAUUGGUGUGCAUUUGGUGGUGAAUCUGGUUUACUUUUUAUUCUUCCACUAAAUCAAUCAUGGUCAAAUCAUGCAAUAUCUAUUUAUGAACAAGAAAAUAAAUGA